AUGGAUCAUAGCGAGCUGCGUUCUUCUGGCGAAUUUAGCGACUUGACCGUGCAGAUUGGUAGCCAACAGCUGUAUCUCCACCGAUUUCCUCUUUUUUCGCGUUCCGAUUACUUUCGAUGUCUACAACGAUCAGGUAUGAGUGAUACUGCUCUGGUUACUCUCGAUUAUUUACCCGGCGGAUAUGAUACGAUGACGUUGAUCUCCGAUUUUUGCUAUGGAAUCCCUAUUGAGGACAAACUGACAACUAAAAAUAUCGGUCACAUGACGUGUGCAGCCAUCUAUUUACAGAUGUCGGGAUCUGGUAAUCUUAGUGAAAUAUGUCAAUUUAAGCUAAAGAAAUUAACAAGUGAUGCUUCAAGUUGUUUGGAAGUAUUGGAGAAUUGUGCUGAUGUUGCAGAAGUAGCUCAAUCAGAGGGAGUCAGUAGAUUUUGUGUGAAGACUGCUGUUGAUCAUUGGUGUAAGCUAACCGUAAAGGCACGGAAUUGGUGUAGACAAAAGCAAAGACUCUCUUCGUCGUGGUUGUCGCAGCUGAAGAACCUCCCAGUUAAUUGGACGAUUGCUAUCAUUGACUUGAUGCAAACCAGAAAAGAAAGGUGCAGUCAUUUGACUACGUACUUUGUUGCAGGAUACAUUGAUUUUAUAAUGCAGUGCUUUGCCGAUGUGAAAAAGACAGAAUCUUGUUAUGCUGUUAGUGCUACACCGAGUUCUGUGGACGCAACACCUGACCUUAACUCUAACCCUAACGCUAAUCCUGAACCUGUACUACUGGCAGAUUUCCCUAAUCGUGUAGAGAUACCAUCUUUGUCUUGCUUGUCAGCGGCCCGUUCUCGUUCGACAUCUGCUGCCACAUUGCCUCUGAAAAUGGUUUAG